UUUUUAAAAAUUGAUUUGUAAUAGGAUAUUUAAUACUAGUUUUUACUAGCCCCAACGCCAUAGAAAACUUUAAAUUAUUUAAGAGCAGGUUAAUUAAAUACACCAUCUAUAAAUUACCUGCUAAAAUGAGCGCGUUCAUCGGCACAUUCAAAGAGAUCUCAUCUAGCAACAUGGUGGCGCUCUAUAGAGAGUACGGCAUGUCGGAGGACGAGGCCAGUCGUAUGGCGUCCCUAACCCGGGCACUCGAGUUCAGCAAAGAGGGCGCUGUCUAUGCGAUUAAAAUGAUCGAGAAGGACAGCAACGGCUCAAUGGAUCAGGGUGAUCUCAACUUCGUUCGAAUUUCGGUGCUGGUGUUGGAGGACAAUAGGCUCGUGCAGACUAUGGGCGACAAAAAGGGGACACGAGUUGUAUACGAGUUGGUGGGCCAUGAGCUCUGGGUUACCUAUACUGCUGGACCGGUGGUUGCCGGCCAUAUAUUCGCUCGCCAAUAG